GUAUUAGUAUACUAAUAUCGAUAUCCGAGAUCUCUAAACACGAGCCAUCCCUGAUCGACUGGUAAUCAUCUUAUCCAAACGCUUAUCAUGUCAAAAUUCCAUGGGCAAGAGUCCGAUAUCCACACGGCUGAUUUCGACGCCACGGAAUCACACACGCUCUCUGCACUGCCAGACGUGCCUGAAACAAGGACAAGUUUGCUCAACUCCGAAUAUAACUCAAUCUACAGUAUUCUCCAAGGCCCUGAAUCGCCAGCUGACGCCACCGCGUCUCCUGAGGCGCCUCUACCGCCCUCCACCCCCCUCUGCAAUAGCGCAGAGGCAGCGGUGUCUGAUGACCUUCUUUUAGAGAAAACUCCAAUCGACCUGCAAAAUGCGUCCCUCUACUCAUCAUGGCAAUCAGUGGGAUCCGUGGAGGGCUACGUUCCCGCCGCGCCAAAAUUUGUGCCCUCGCCACUGCCUGAAAACAAUGCAGGGGAUAGCCCUACGUUGGCACUAUAUGCCAUGCUUCCCGAACUUAUGGAGGUGAACCGUCCCUCCUCGAUCCUCUCCAGUGACUAUCCAAGUGAUAACGAUAUGGACAUGUACGCGCCAGAUACAGAUGACCGCUUCACUCCAUCUCUGUCAAUGUCACCGAUGUUGGUAUCUACCAGCUUUAACCGCGCUCAUCCUUUAUCGAAUCUUGUUAAGACAGAUAGAGAUACGGGUUCCUCGACUGAGGGAAUUGACAACUCUUCAUCCACGGUAAAACCGGAUGAGAGUGUGGUUAUUGUCAAAAGGGAAGGCUAUGGAGAGUACUUACUGCUGGUAGGAGCCCUCUGCCCCGUACGUGAGGAGAGGUCCACUUACAAACCGAAGGUUGAGCCGUCUGCGUCAUUUGUGAUGCCACGGGUAGACGUAAACAUCCCCGUAGUGUCGCUUCAAGACCGGUUGCGCGCAUCCAGACCUUUGUUUCCCAACCAGCCGUUACACAUUCCGCAUGACCAUAACCAACACUAUUCCUACACUCAGGAUACCGCUUUUCAACUAGUAUAUGAUUCCAACAGUCACCUCCACCGCAGACACAGCACUACAGGGGUAAGCGGUAGAAAUAGUGUUAUCAGGCACUCAGAUGACUAUUAUCAGACGAAGCUUAAGCACUUCAAUAAGUUGAUCAAACAGCUGAAGAAAAGCUUGAAGUUUUCCAAGCUUGAUCGUCUCGACCCCUUGAACUUGACUUUCUUGUUCUCAGCUAGUCUGUGUUCGGAGCUCCCUUCAGCACCAGGCUCGUUGCUCAAAUCUUCGUUGUACAAAAUCUUUGGACCCCUGCUGGACCCUAACAUUAAACCUACCUCACGCCACCAAUGGCUAAACUUGUCACUUAUGUUGGGCGUUUCGCUUGCUGGAAUAUGGCUUAUCUACAAGAACUUCUCGGUUAUUUUGUUCUGGGCGCCACCAUCCCCAAAAGUGGAUUUGAAAGAUGCGGUGGAUCAGGCUGCGGUGGAAUUCGCCGAAAAAUCCACAACUGGUACUACCAGAGAGGAGUUGCGUGAAUUGAAAAGGUUAAUGGGGAAAGUCAUGAAGGACUACCUGGUUGGAGUGUGGCUGGAGUUUAAGGGGAAUAUCUCCAAGUUUGUUAGUGAGUUUUAGCUUUUUCUUUUUGGAUUAAAAUAUAAAUACAAUUUUCCUUGCUGAGAAGCACUGCGGUAUUGAGCAUUAUAAACUAUUGCA